AUAUAGCGCAGAGCUGUAGUCUACGAAGAAUGCACUACUACCAAGACCACUGUCGAGUAUUAUAUAUCCUCGAAGUCCUGCGUUGUUACUGCAUAUCGCAUGCAAGAGUUGUGGACCAACAUGUGCAGUGGUGACAUGUCAAAGAAAAGAGCAAUGGAAAGAUGAACAAGAAGAUCAGAAGUAAACUUUUAAACUCUUUUUAAACCUACCUCAAAUAUUGUUUAAUGGUAAGAUGUAUUUUUGAGAAUCAGAGGUCGGUUGUGUCAUAGCCCGUCCUAUAUGACGCCUUACUUGAUGAUGGUCAGGGGAGACUUCCACCCAUACCCUCGAUUUGAAGAGUGAUACCCUGCACCUAUGGACAGUUUGUUAAUCAUGGAGAAAAACAACUCUUUGGGCAGUGUUGCUUCUAAACAGCCUGCAGAAUCAAGCAGCUUCAUCUGCACUGAGUGCGGUGACGGUUUCAGCCAGUACCCUAAUGUUCUGACCCACAUGGCUAUUCACGGACCCUUGGAAUCAUUUUCCUUAGAUGGCUCUUCCAAUAGAUUUGAAGUUCCUCGAGAAUAUGUGUUACAGGAAAAUGGUACUCUGACACUCAUAAAUGGUUUUGAGCAGUCACAACACACUUCCAUUGGACCAAAAUCUCCUGGCAUACAAUCAUCGUGUUUCCCUUCUUCCAUCAAGCCUAUUUCUCCAACUCUUCCUCCACAUUCCAACCCUUUAAGGGAUGCCUUAAAGGUGAACACAACAGAUCUGGCCUUAAACUUGGAUAGAUCUCAUCAUGGCAAUUACCGUUGUGAAAUUUGUAACAGAUCAUUUAACAGUCAGCUUAGUUUACAUCGUCACCAGCAAUAUCGAAACACAGAGCGUGGUUACAAGUGUACUUUGUGCUGUAAGAUUUUUGAGGGUAGAGAUGCACUGAAGAAACACAUACAAGAACAUGCACAUGAACGAUUUUACUAUUGUGGACAUUGUGGUAAAAGAUUCCUUAAAGUGGAUGCAUUGAAUGCACAUCACAAAGAAAAUCACCUUUUCCCCAAAAUUAAGCCCAUGGCCAAAUCUGAGAAUAAUCAUCCAAAAAGAGUAGAGAAAACAUAUCCUUGCAAAAAGUGCAGGUUAAAUUUUUUCUGGCUGUCAGAUUUUCAGACACAUUCGCUCUACCAUUGUAAAGGAAAAGAACCUGGUGCUGCCUUUGGCUCAAAAAUUGAGGUAAACUCUAAGAAGCAAGAGGAUGUACCAUAUGAAAAUUAUCGCAAUGGUGGAUCCAUUGAUGUGAAGACUAUGGAUUAUAAAGCAGUUAGUAAUGUGACUGAUACUGCAUCUUCCUUUACCCCAUACAGAUGUGGUUUAUGUGGGGAUCGUUUCCAAAAGUUGACAGCUCUUAAGCAGCACCAUCUGACCCAUCAAACCCAGGAAGAAAUAGAUCAGUUAAAUCAAGAAACACAAAAAACAGUUAAGCAAAGAGGGACCAGCAAAAUACAAACAGGAACCAAAGGAAGACGUGGCAGAAGGGGUAAUCCUAAUGCCAAACUACAUCCUUGCAAACAUUGCCAUCGUGUAUUCAAUCAUUCCAGCAGUUUGUCUCGGCACAUGAGAUACCAUAAAGGGACUAUGCACACUUGUGUGUUCUGUGGUAGACAUUUUCCUCAACGCUGUGAUGUUAGAAGGCAUAUUGCCAUGUACCACAAACCUGAAUUGGAAAAGAAACCAGCGCUGAAACACAUGGCAUUACAUACAGUUCCCCAACAUGGUUCUGCUUUGAACUCUUUCCGAGAGGGGAAAUACAGAAGUUGUGUAGACAGUGAGCAAAUGGAAUCAGUUCAAGAGAAAAAUAUGAAGACACCGGGAAAGCCAGUUGCUAAGUCAAGGGUAAACUACAAAUGUCAGGAAUGCGGGAAACGAUUUGGACUGUUGUGUGUUUACCAAAGGCAUCUACGUUACCAUAAAAAGCAACCCAGUGACUCGCACAAAUGUCCCCAAUGUCCAGCUCUCUUCAGAAAUUCCUCUGCUCUGGAGCAUCACCUUAAAAGUCAUCCAAGUGCUGGAGAAGCAGAUGUUGCAGGACAAACAUCUCCCACAAUUGUUGUGAAAAAGGACAUAGUCUUGGAGACGGUUAAUGCAGAGGAAGAGGACAAUAUGGGCCAUACUCAGGAUAAAGGUACCUCAGCUGAAGUUCUCUAUGAAUGUACUGAAUGUACUGAGACAUUUUCCUGCUUGGAAACAUUUCUCCAGCACCAGAUUUCCCAUGGCUCAGAGAACUUUGGGUGACUAUAGUUUCAAACUCAAUCUGAUUUUCCACAAGUAUUUUUGUUGCCAAGAAAAAACUUUGGUUUUGGAGUUGCGGGUGAGUGGGUUUAUCUUGGAGUGGAGCUUAACGUAUGCAAAAAAAAACAAAAAAUAACAAAAAUAAAAUUCAAAUAACUGUAUAGCUUGAAAAUGUGCUGUAAAAAACAACUUUUUUUUAACCUUUUUCUAUUUUUGGUGUGGCAUUAGCAAGAAGGUUAAUGGUAGCAUAUUUGAUUCGAACAUGCAAAAAUUGUUGUUGUACCCUUGUCAGUAAAUCCAAUGGGGAUUCAGCAUCUCUUAGUGUCUGAAAGUGACAGGUUAGCACAGAUUUUUAAUGUAGAAAUCAUGUUCAUUUAGGUCUAGUUGGAAAGUGACACUGAAACAAUGGAAACAGUACUAUUUUAAUGUAGAAAUCAUGUCCAUUAAGGUCUGGUUUGAAAGUUGGUGCAUCUCGCAAACAACAAGUUUUGAGAUUUUUUUUGCCCAUGUCAAGUGAUUUUUAACACUACAACGACAAAGCCGGUCAUUUUGACCAUUUUGGAUUUUCAAAGUUAGGCUGGUCAAAAACAGGGUCUGACAUCAUGUUCCUCGUUAAUCACAGCAUUGCUGACUAGCUGAAUACCCUGUAACAUAAUUAACAACAAGAAUGUGAUUGUGCAACUUGGACAGAAGCCAACUGGUGUCACCUAUUUAUGAAUUGCUUCCUUUAAAGUCGAUGAGGUAUUACUGUCUGUUUUAAAUGAGGGUGUCCAAUAUCGAGAAUUCGCUUUUUAAACGCCUUCUCUGUGUAUCCACUCAUAUGUUUUCAAUAUGCAGAAGUUAAUGAAUAACUGGAGGAUGGGGCGAGAGCUUAUAUUACUGGUGUAACUUAUUAAAGCAAGGCCCAUAGGUUCCUGAGUGCCUUUUGCAGUCUUAAGACCUAGAGUUUUAUGCCUUGUAUUAUGUGUAUUCAAAGGUAUAUCCUUGAUUUGGACAAAUGUUUUUUUGUUUUUGCUUUUUAUCAAAGUGAGAUUAACUAAUUUCCCCACAAAGUCCGUGGUUUAAAUAUAAUCUACACAAAAUUGUAACAACCAUAGCUGGGGAGCUUGGCGCACCAUCUGAUCUGUGUCAACAGUGCCAUUGUUAUAAAUACCAUUCUGGCUCACAAUAGCUUGAACUUCAUCUUAGGGCAGGUGGCUUGUCCAGUCUUGAAUCCCUGAGCUUUAUGACUGGUAGCAAGAAUUACCAUUUCAUUUUUUUCAUAUUCUCUAUUUUUUUCUAACAAAUUAGAAACCAGAGUGGGGACAACUAAUAUCUCGGACUCUCUUACUGAUGCAUAGUGAUUAUACCACUGCACCAUUUUAAUUUUUGCUGACAAAAUAAAGAGAAAGCAUUCCUGAAAAUGGAACUUGCACCAAGUUUCAGCUUUGAAGCAGCCAGAAGAUGGCAGUCCUCAGUUGCAAACUCAAGUUGUGCAUCAAAAACCUUUUGACUAAAGCAUCUGUGGAAGGUAUGGGGGUAUAAUACAGAUGUUGCUAUCUUAGCUGAGGCUCUUUAACGCUAAGACGGCACAAAGCCCUGCUUUUGAUGGCUUGGAUUUGAGGUCAAGGGCAGUCAGUAUUGAAUGGAUAUGAUAGGAAAUAAGAGAUGGAAAUCAAAUAGAAGCACCCCCCUCCCGGCCAGCAAAUCACCUGUGGUGGUAUAACAACCUUCUAAAAAAUAGACAAAUAUUGAAUGUCUUUUGAGUUAUCCUUGUGUGAAACGCUUGAGUGACAUUUGGAAUGAUUGCAUUGAUUGUAUAUAGAUUGAAACGUUCUUUAACCAAUCACAUUUUGCAUUUUGAUUUCCCCUGCUGUGUUAUCUCUGCUAUAAACGGACCUUCAAGUAGGCUUUAGUGACAUUGGAAUUGUGACUUGUACUCAUCUUCAACUCUGACAUAAUACUGAGCCCAGACUUGCUUUAACCCCUUUUUACCAGUUCUUAAAUUACCUCAGGUUUGCUUUAGCUCUGGGCCAGAGAUUGACACUGGUUUUAAUACUCUGGAUAACUAAAUUAGAUUAAAUUAGGGGUUACCAAAUUAUGGAGUGGCUUUUCCUACCUGGCAAAAAACUGUUCCUCUAUAAACUGUUACAAAAGGUGUUUAAAAAACCAUUCAACUGCUGUUUUGUAACCGCUUGUCUCCAUGUAUUGUUGUCCAUGUUUUAUUUGUUUCACUCAUAGUGACAUGUAUCAUUACUGUUGCUGAGGAGUCUCAAUACUGGUGUAUAAACCAAUAUCUCCCUCACAAAUGCACGCAAGCGCAGACACGCAUACACACACACACAUGCACAUCACACGCUCACAUUUUCUGCUUUUAUUUUUGAUAUUGUUGCUAUAUAAAUUUUGUUGCUAUUAGUUUGCCAGUUUUCCAUGACUUUUAUGUAAUCAUUUUCUGUAUGUCUGUGUUCUCUGUAACAUUGUGAAAUUUAACAUUGUUAUGGUGGAGGCUUCAAAUAAGCCCACCGGGUUUUUGACUAUCCCUGCAUGGCAUAUUAUUUAUCUUUGUCAUUUUUGUGUAUUUUUUAAAUUGUGCAAAUAAAACAACGAACGAAAU